UCUGUACAGCAGCAUCAAACAGAGCUGAUCAAGAGGGCUGAGAAUAGAGAACCUUUCCUAGACAAGGAGCUGAAGAAGUUCUGGAUGGGACCCUUCCCACAUUACCCACAAUGCUCAGAGAGUGAAAGGGAGGAGGAGGAGAUGGAUGGAUUUGAUGCUCUCAAGUGCCAACAUAAAAUAAAGUCUAAUUUGAAGAAGAAGUUCAGGGUUGUGUUUGAGGGAAUCACUAAAGCAGGACAACGAACAGAUCUGAAUGACUUCCUCACAGAGAUCUUCCUCACAGAGAGAGGCAGUGGAGAGGUCAACAAGGAACAUGAGGUCAGACUGAUUGAAACAGCUUCCAGGAAACCAGCCAUGGAGGAAACACCAAUCAGAUGUGAGGACAUCUUUGAACCCUUACCUGGACAAGAUCAACAAAUCAGGACAAUGAUGACAACUGGGGUGCCCGGCAUUGGUAAAACCGUCUUAACGCAGAAGUUCACUCUGGACUGGGCCGAAGGCAAUGCCAACCAGGACAUACACUUCAUAUUUCUCCUCACUUUCAGAGAGCUGAAUUUACUAAAAGGUAAAGAGUUUAGCUUGGUGGAACUUCUUCAUCACUACUUUAUUGAGACCAAAGAAGCAGGAAUCUGCAGAUAUGACCUGUUUGAAGUUGUCUUCAUCUUGGAUGGUCUGGAUGAGUAUCGACUUCCUCUGGACUUCCAGAACAACCCGAUCUGGACUGAUGUCACAAAGUCUACCUCGGUGGACGUGCUGCUGACAAACCUCAUCAGGGGCUUCCUGCUUCCCUCCGCUCGCAUCUGGAUAACCACAAGUCCUGCGGCAGCCCAUCAGAUCCCUGAUGAGUGUGUUGACAAGGUGACAGAGGUGAGAGGGUUCACCGACCCACAGAAGGAGGAGUACUUCAGGAAGAGAUUCAGAGAGAAGACGCUGGCCAGCUCUAUCAUCUCCCACGUCAAAAAAUCACGAAGCCUCCACAUCAUGUGUCACAUCCCAGUCUUCUGUUUGAUCACUGCUACAGUUCUGGAGGACCUCUUCAAAACAUCCCAGAGAGAAGAAGAGAUGCCCAAGACCAUGACUCAGAUGUACAGCCACUUCCUGAGGGUUCAGUCCAUACAGGGGGACAUGAAGUACCGUGGGAGAUCUGAAACAGAUUCACACUGGAGUUCAGAGAGCAGGAAGAUCAUUGUUUCUCUGGGAAAACUUGCUUUUAACCAGCUUGAGAAAGGCCACCUGAUCUUCUACGAGGCAGACCUGGCAGAGUGUGACAUCGAUAUCAGAGCAGCCUCAGUGUACUCAGGAGUGUUCACCCAGAUCUUUAAAGAGGAGUGUGAUCUGUACCAAGACAAGGUGUUCUGCUUCGUCCAUCUGAGCCUCCAGGAGUUUCUGGCUGCCCUUUAUGUCUUCUGGUCCUUUAUCUACACUGAUGUCAAUCUGCUCUCAGAAGAAGAGCCAACAUCCAGGGAAGAUAAACUCCUCCACCUCCACCAGAGUGCUGUGGACAAGGCCUUACAGAGUGAGAACGGACACCUGGACUUGUUCCUCCGCUUCCUCCUUGGCCUCUCUCUGGAGACCAAUCACAAUCUCCUACGUUGUCUGCUGGUAGAAAAUGAUAGAAGACAAAUCUUUUGGUCCCGAAAAUUUAGAAAAUUGCUCUUAAGGAACAAGGAAAUAGCAUCUUACAUCAAGACUAAGAUAGAUGGAGAUCUCUCUCCGGAGGGAACCAUAUAUCUGCUCCACUGUCUGAAUGAGCUGAACGACUGUUCUCUAGUGGAGCAGAUCCAACGGUCCCUGACAUCAGGAAGUCUGUUCAAAACGCAUGUCUCCCCUGCUCAGUGGUCAGCUCUGGUCCUCAUCUUACUGUCAUCAGAAGAGAAGCUGGAAGUGUUUGACCUGAAGAAAUACUCUGCUUCAGAGGAGGGUCUUCUGGGGCUGCUGCCAUUGGUCAAAGCCUCCAAAACAUCUCUGUAGGUUCAUUAAUAACACGUAUCACAAUACACACAACACAAUAUGCCUGAUAGUAGAAUAUAAAAGUUAUGAUAACAUAGAAAACAUCUUUCGAGGUUAACUUAUAACAUGUAUCUCAAUAUACACAACGUUGUAUUGUGUGAGGUUGAAAGUCAAACUCAAAAGCUCUAUUUAUUAUGAAAUAAUAAAAUGCCGAAAGAAAGAACUAAUAUUGUUUGAUUAUAGUUUAAUACAGCUGUAUCUAAAUAUGCAGCUAUAUGUAUAAAUAAAUAAUUAUUGAUAUGGAUAGAUUCAUAAAUAUACGUUUAUUAUUAUUAAAGGAUUACCAAUUAUUUUAAAACCUUUUAACCUUGUAAGUUCGGUUACAUGGGCGAUUUGGGUUUAACCAAUAGGGAGGGUUGAUAAAGACACUUCAGGGUCAUCAGGGGUAAGGGUGAGAGGUCACGAUUGAGUGGGAAAAAGUUGAGAGAGGGAAGAAACAAAGGAAGAGAGUACUUUAUUCUCUGUAGAGAUCGCCCAGCUAAAGGAUAUUUAAACAUUUAAAUAUCCUGGGGCCACUAGAGUUGCAAACUUAUAUGUGGCGAGCAGCACGUUCCCGUGCUGCUUGCCACAUUAUUAAAAACGUAUUUUUACCAUUAAUAUUUGUCACAACAAAUUGACUGGGCGUUUUGAGAGGGGGAGCUUAGAGGGUGCUCAGGCUACAACAUGUAUUACAAUACUAUACAUAAAAUACGUAAUACUUCAAUAAAAAGUCUAAUUAAUACACAAAAAAGUUCUCAAACACUGCAAAAACUCCAAUAUUGAAUACAAAUAAUGAUCUAAUGUAAUGUCUAGUACAUAGUCCUUCAUUAUGUUAAUAGCAAUCACCGUCAGUUACUUUAAUCACGGUUCCUAACAUGUUGUGUUUAUUGUAUGUGUAGGCUCUUAAUAAAUAAGUAGAAUAUGUCCUCUCAGGGCUCAAGACACAUGUUCUACUGGUGCCACUAACUUUUUAAUUUGGUGGCACCCUAACAAAUGUGGUUGCACCCCUUAAUAAGACGUGAAAAUGUCCUUGGUCACAUACUCUCCAUCUGUGUCCAUUCAUGUGAAUAGAUUCAUUCACUUUAAAUAAGCUGUUUAUACUUUGAUUGCAUAGGGGGUCUUUUUCUGUUUUUACCGCCAUCUCUUUUCCCACCAACCAACUCUUCACCCUCCUCCUCCUCAAUCAAAUAGCUACUAAUAAUAACCGGCUGCUGAUGGAAAAUAU